CAGGCAGGGGAGUCACGCCGCGCCGGGGGCACAACGGUAAAACCCCCCCAGCAGUGAUAAGAUCAACAAGACAACAACAAGGGGCCCCGGUAGUGGCUUCCACCUGUGGCAUAAAUAUAGACCGCCUCGGCGCCCCACCCUUUCUCCUCCCCUGCCUCCUUUCCCGCCCUUAAGCACCUGCAAAACCCCUCUUAAACCCCCAAAUCGCACCAGGAUUCCUCGCGUUCUUGGGUCCUGGUCACGAUCUGUCCCGGGAACCUCCAGACGGGGCCGUCCGCGGGUCCGAUUUCAUAGGUCUCGUCUCUGAUUUUGAGGUCUUGGGGUGGGGAUUUGGGGCGCCUUUGCUUGUUUGACCCGGUUCUUGGAGUGUGAGCUGCCGGUGUAGCUCACUCGGAGUUGGAGCGGUAGAUCUGUGGAGAUAAACCCCUACAAAGCCCUCCAAAUCUUCUGAGUUCCUUCGUUUUCGAGCGGGGUUGGUGCUGGUCUCGCGAAAAGGUGGUGAUUUUUUGGGGGAUUUUGGUUCUAGAUUGGUCGAUUUGAGUGAUCUUUUUGGGGAUUUUUCUUGGGGGGUUUUGGUGGUGGAUGAGAUUUGCGGCGGCGGCGUGGCAGUAGCAGCACCGGUGGUUCCGCAGCCUCCGGUGAUGUCCUCCGCCGACUCCCUCGCCUCCGGCCGGAGCCGCCGCGCUGGGCCGCCCCCGCCCCGGCCCAAGCGCGUCCGCGUCUACUUCGUGGACGCCGACGCCACGGACACCGACUCCUCCGGCGACGAGGACGAGCGCGCCAAGCGGCGCGUGCGGGAGAUCAUCAACAUCGACGUGGAGGCCGCCGCCUCGGCGCGCGCGGCGCAGGCGGCGCAGGCGCUGAUGGCCCCGAAGAAGCGGCCGCUGUACUCCUCGCCCGCGGCGGCGGCGCUGGCGCGGCUACGCGCGGCCGGCGGGUUCCGGCGGUUCCGCGGCGUGCGGGUCCGGCCGUGGGGCAAGUACGCAGCGGAGAUCCGCGACCCGGCGCAGCGCAAGCGCCUGUGGCUAGGCACCUUCGACACCCCCGAGGAGGCCGCCGCGGUGUACGACGACGCCGCCCUGCGGCUCAAGGGCUCCCAUGCCGUCGUCAACUUCCCCUCCGCCCCCGCCGCCCCCUCGCGGCGCAUGAAGCUCCGCCCUCGCCGGGAGAUCCCCCGCCGGCACGCGGCGGCGUCGGACUCCGAAGCGACCGACGACGACGGCGACGCGCUCGCCUCGCCCUUGGCGCCGACGCCGUCCCCCACGCCGCUGGAGCUGGAGCCCCAAGCGGCGGCGGCCCCGUUGUGCCCGUUCGCGUCGCCGACCUCCGUGCUCCGGUACGGCGCGGACGAGGUUCCCGCCGCGCCCGCGCUGCCGGCGUUCGACUUCAUCUACGGCGAGCUCGGCGAAAUCGGCGCCGCGGCGGCGCCGUCGUCGAAGGCGGCGGCGGCGGAGUUCGACUGGCUGCCGUGGUGGGAGGGCGAGGACUUCGUGACGGCGACGGGGCUGACGCCGUCAGCCGGCGCCGCCGCCGUGAGCGUGGUAUGACGGCGUCACGCCCUGCCUGUCGUGGCGCCGGUUCGGGCGCUCGGGGCGGGAACCGGCGGGCGACGCGUGGGCGGCUGUGCAGCGCAGGCGCACGCAGCAGUAGUAGUAUUAAAUGAAAAAAGUAUUAUUUUAUUUGUUAUUAACUGCUGCUGCUAUAGCAGUGGGCGGAGCAGUGAGUGAGGCGAGCGAGCAGAGUGGUUGCUUGUGGCGGCGAGUCCUGGCUGGGCAGGGCGCGGGCGUGGCGGGGCCCACCAGGGCGGGCGCUGCUUUCCGCGCGGGGCUUGCCUUGAACCGCACGGCUCCCGCGUGGGAGCGCAGCCGCCCGAUGCUUUUGGAGUGGAGUGAGGGGUGAUGUGUAAUUGUAAUCGUCAUGGUGAACUGUUAAUGUUGUGGUUAGCUAGUGAUUAGUGGCCUGUGAUGCAUGUGCUUAUUGUCCCGUUGAUUGUUACUGCUGCUGGGUUAGCAUCCUUGUGGGCAGGUAAACGAAACUCCUGUGGGAAUUGUUCA